UCUUGAAAAUAUAUACUGAAUGAAAGAGAGAAUAUCCUUCCUUUAAAAAUCUUUCCUUUCUUUUUCCUUGCUAGGUUAUACACAAAAGUUGUUAUGUUUCCUUUUAAUAUUCAAUGCGGAGUAUAGAAAAAGGUCUAUUUUAACUUGGGAGAAUAGCUGCUGAAGCUUUACACACCGUUUCGUAUUUUGAGAGACGAAACUAUCCUUAAAGAUAGUACUUGCACGUCUCAAACAUUUGUUUUUAAUUUUCUGAUCCUUUGCAAUAUAUUAACAGUUAUUAUUAUUUUAUAUAUCCUAUUUUUUUUUUUUUUAACAAUUCCAUAAUGCUCUAGGUGCUUGGUAGGAAGAAGGGUGUUCAGUUGCUGACUUGGUUGUCAUUUGUUCUCUUAAUGUGUUGUAGCCAUUUUUCACCGUGAAUGACCCAUUCAAGUGUUCUUGAGUUUUAGUGGCACUGAUACUCGUAGUGGUUUCGCCGACAGCCUCUACCAUUUCUUGGAGGGUGCUGGGAUCCAUGUUUUCAUCGAUGACAAGGAACUUCGACCGGGAGAAACAAUUAGCGGCAGCCUUUUGCGAGCGAUCAACAACUCUAAGCUUUACAUACCAAUCUUCUCCAAAAACUAUGCUUCAAGUCACUGGUGCCUCCGUGAGCUUGCGAAGAUGGUGGAGAACACCUCCAAAUUUGAAGGAGAUGGGAAGGUCAUAUUACCCAUUUUCUACUAUGUGAAACCUAACGACGUGAAGUUGAAAACCCCAUUGUAUAGUGAGGCCAUAUCGAAGUUGGAGCAAGAGAAGAAGUUCAGCUCUGAGGAUAUAACGAAGUGGCGGUGGGCUCUCACGGAAGUUGAUAGCAUUAAGGGAUGGGAGCUGAAGAAAUAUUCGGGCCAUGGGGAUCUUAUAAAGUCAGUUGUUGAAGAGGUUUUGAUUAAUCUCAAGACAAGACAAAGAGAUGUGACUAGAGAUUUAGUUGGAAUGGAGGAUCAGAUAGCAGCCAUAAGCAAUUUAUUAGACAUAGACUCCGGUGGCAUACGGUUUAUUGGAAUCUACGGAAUGGGUGGUAUCGGUAAAACAACACUUGCCAAAAUUAUCUUCAACCAACUAUGUCCUCAAUUUGGCAGAAACUGCAGCUUUCUUGAUAACGUGAGGGAAAAGGCAAAAGCCAAAGGCUUAGUCACCCCGCAAAAGAAGUUAUUGUCCGACAUCUCUUAUUCUAGAAUGGUUCGUGAAAUUGAUAGCAUUGAUGAUGGGAUCAAUAUGAUUAAAAAAAUAAUUUGCAACAAGAAGAUGCUAAUUGUAUCGGAUGAUGUCGAUGAGGGCAACCAAAUCCAAAACCUAAUUGGAGUGAAUUCUUUGCAUCCUGGUACUAGGAUACUUGUUACAACUAGGGACAAGAGCAUUUGGAAUAUCAGGGGAUUUAAUUAUAGAAUUGAGGAUUAUGAAAUGGUUAUGUUGAGUGAUGAAGAUGCACUUAAACUUUUUAGCAAGCAUGCCUUCAAUUGCAACUCUCCUCCAGCCAAUUACAACACUCUUUCAAAAGACAUUGUCUCUACCGCGAGGGGGCUACCUUUAGCUCUUCAAGCAAUAGGUUCAUCUCUUUUUGGUCAGGAAAACAAAAAAAUAUGGGAAGAGAGGCUAGAGAAGCUAAAGAAAUCACCUCAUGAGGAUGUCUUGGGAAAGCUAAGGAUUAGCUAUGAUGCCUUAGCGCUACAUCAAAAAAAAAAAAAAUUUCUCGAUAUUGCAUGCUGUUUCAUUGAUAGAAAGAAGAAACAUGGAAUGUACUGGUGGAAAGAUUGUGAGAUUGGCCCAGAGGAUGCCAUUGAUGUCCUUAUUAAGAGGUGCAUGAUAAAGGUUGUCGAUGAUAGAUUUUGGAUGCAUGAUCAGUUUAGAGAUCUUGGAAGGGUAAUUGCCAAACAAGAGCAUACCAGGUUGUUGUCUAGUUUGUUGGAUGAAGAGAAAAUCAUUUGUGAAUUAAAAUCAAUAGAGGUAAAGUAUGAUCAAAUUUGAAUAAGAAAUUGCUCACCCUAUUCUUAAUUGAGGAUUCGCAUUUUUGAAUUAAAUUGCGCGAUACUGACAAAUUCCUGCUUUUUCUCCUCGAUGUCAUUGGCAGAUCAA